UAUUCCAUAGAAAAAUGAUCACACAGAAUUUUCGUUUCGUACAAUUUUCCUCGAAUUAAGAACCUGUAAAAAUCGUGAUUUAAUUAUUAUUUCGAUUUCUCCUUUCCCUCGUGUCUUACAAAUUUAUUGUUUUUGAUGUUAUGUGGUCAGUAUGUGGUCAUCUUCGAAACUCCCAGUUCCCCUAAAGUAUCUCAUUAUCAUCACCUGUUGUUACAUUUGUUUCGGUUGCAAGGCAGCACUCGAUGGCGACUUUGUGUUUGACGAUAACGUUGCGAUCCGCAAGAAUGCAGACAUCAGUCUCGAGUCUCCGAUCACUCAGAUGUUCCGAAAUGACUUUUGGGGCGGCAAACUCGACAACCAGAGUCACAAAUCGUAUCGCCCUCUGACAAUUUUGACGUUUCGCAUGGAAAAUCAGGUGUACGGAUUGAAGCCGAUGUACAUGAAAAUUGUGAAUUUGGUGCUGCACUGCAUUUGUUCGUGCUUGGUUUAUUCCGUGACGAAGGCAAUCUUUGCGACAAUCGAUGAUGGGGUGAAUUUUUAUGCGGCGGUGCUGUUUGCCGUGCAUCCAAUUCACACGGAAGUCGUUUCGGGAAUUGUGGGACGUGCCGAGUUGCUGUCUUGCAUCUGCUUCUUGGUCUGUUUGUGGCUGUACGUGAAAUCACGACUUCCCUUUUUGUUGUUAGUUGUUUUUUUAACGAGUCUCAGUUUUGUGGGACUGUUGUGCAAGGAAAAUGCAAUAAUGAUCUUGCCAACAUGUGUUACGCUUGAUACAUUAAAGCAUCUCAAAUGGAUGCAUGUGAUAAAAUGCUCAAAGAAACAUUUAUUAACACAACGAAAUUUUAAGAAUGCCCUACUCGUACUACUUACGCUUCUCUUGCUGUACUUUCGCCUAUACAUUAUCGACUUCCAGGGACCGACAUUUAAGGCAGUCGAUAAUCCCGUCGCAAGUUCUAACUCAACGUUAACACGAAUCUUAAGUCAAAAUUAUUUGUAUGCCUUAAAUACAUGGCUCUUAUUGUGCCCCGAUUGGCUCGCCUUUGAUUGGGCACUCGGCACAAUACCGCUCGUCGAGUACUUUAGUGAUGUUAGGAUAUUAGGAACUGCCGUGCUGCAUCUUUUCAUCGUUCUUCUCCUCCUGCAUGGCAACCGGAACGAACUUAUGGCACUUGCGUUGCUCGUGUUGCCCUUCGUUCCCGCCUCCGGACUGAUUCGCGUCGGAUUUGUCAUCGCUGAACGUGUCUUGUAUGUGCCAUCGAUCGGAUUUUGCGUGCUCGUGAGCAUGGGAUUCGUCAAAAUGCAGAAAUUUUAUCCGAAAUUCCGCAGAAUUAUUCUUAUGAUGUUCUCGUUGUUGCUGCUCGUGAUGAUGGCAAAGUCGUUGGUGCGAUCUAUCGAAUGGAGCAACGAGGAGAGUUUAUUUAGAUCCGCAUUGCCGAUUUGCGGGAACAAUGCAAAAGUGCAUUAUAAUAUUGCGCGCGUGGCGGCAGAGAAAAACCAAAAGGAAGUGGCUUUUAGACAUUAUAAGCGGGCGAUCGAGUUGUAUCCGGAAUACGAAUCGGCUCUUAUGAAUCUCGGCAACUUGUAUCGCGAGAGUAACGACUUGGAAAUGGCAGAAUAUUACUUGAAAAAAUCUGUUGAAGUGAUGGACGACUUUUCAACGGCAUGGAUGAACCUCGGGAUAGUUCAAGCAGCGAUGAAAAAUUACCGUGAAGCUCUCGCAAGUUACAAAAAAGCCUUGAAACAUCGUAAAAAAUAUGCCAAUUGUUACUAUAACAUCGGAAAUCUCUACAUUGACAUGAAAAACUCCUCCAUGGCUCUAAAAUAUUGGAAAGAAGCAAUCGCUUUAGAUCCCAAACACAGCAAGGCUUGGGCGAAUUGGCUUGCGUAUUUGGACAACAAAGGAUACGUUCACGAAAUCCUCGAAACGUCAGAAGAAGCACUUCAACACAUCCCGAACGACGCUUCGAUACUCUUUUCACGUGCCAACGCAUUAGGAAAGCUCGGGCGAUACGAAGAAUCGGAAGCAGCUUUCCUCAAAGCAAUCGAAAUCAAUCCAAAUUCGUCGCUCUUCCACGCGAAUCUCGGCGUUUUGUAUCACAGGUCGAACAAGAAGCAACUCGCACUCGAACAUUACCGCAAAGCUCUGUCAAUUGACCCGAAACUGAAAAGUGCAGCGCAAAAUAUGAAAAAAUUAUUAGAAAGUCGUUAGAUAAAUUAUGAAGAAAAAAAAUUCUGUUAGACAGAAAAUGGUACAAUAAUUUAAAUAAUAUGUCCAAUUAUUAUGAUUCUAUAUAUAUAUGAUAAAUUAUUAUAUACAAUUAACACAAAGUUAACAUACACUGGUAUUAAUACAAGGACGAAAAUCCGAUAAAUUUAAGGAAAUUUUAAGAAAAAACGAUGCAAUAUAGCAGUAAACCUUAAA